GCGUCUCAUCCGCCUUUUAGGAACCUUUGAGUUCACAGGGAUUCAGCUCGGACGUGUCAUGAGUACAGACAACUGAAAGGACACUAUUGAUAUACAUGACUCUCUUCGGUUCUUGCCAUACAAGGAUAAAUCUGCCGUGAUAAAAGUUUGACUACAGUCGUUUGAAUCAUUUUCGGUGCCGUGUUGGAUCUGGGUAUCUGCUCAUGUGAGUUUUUCUCCAGCUAUGGAACCCUGGCCUCUCAUGGCCUGGGGCCUAAUGCUGACCGCCAUCGCCAGCUGGAUCAAAGCGGUUCAAUCGAGAGACUUUACAGAAAAGGAUAUUAUUUUUCUCCAUCCUUCAACAACUCCAUAUCCAGGAGGAUUUAAAUGUUUUACUUGUGAAGAUGCACCUGACAACUACGAAUGCAACCGCUGGGCUCCAGAUCUCUACUGUCCACGAGAGAGCAGAUAUUGCUACACACACCAUAAGAUGAGCUGGGAUGGAAACACGGUGUCGGUGACAAAGCGUUGUGUGGCAAUGGAAGACUGUCUUGCAACAGGAUGCUCUGACAUGGACCAUGAAGGAAACAAGGUGUGUAUAUCCUGUUGUGAGGGGAACAUCUGUAACAUGCCCCUUCCACGAAACGAGACUGACGCCAUCUUUGCCACGACGUCUCCCAUUAACGAGAGUGUUCGGCCAGCACAGAGUCAUGCGUUGCUGCUUUCUGUCUGUAUCAUCAGUCUGAUGCUCCGCAGUAUUAACUGAGAGAAUCGCCCGGAGUGGAAUAAACCUUUAUGGCAGUGAUUUAGGAAAUCAUUGACUUGUGCCAGUCAGCUGUAGGCUUUACCCUUCUCAAAAUGAAGUGUUAGUUCUUGGAUUUCUUAUACAUACAUGCUUAUGAAUCCUAUACUAAUAUUCCAUAUGAAAAAAAAAAAUUGUAUGGUUGCCCUGAAGCUGAGUGGACUUGUCUAAUAAUUAGGGUCUGAGCUUUUUGCAAUAGACGUGGGAUGAGGAUAUUUAUGGCAAAACUGACACAUACCUGCACAUUUUUUUGUUUUGAGUCAAUGUGAGUGUUUUAUACAUUUGUAUAGAUAUAUUUAUUUUUUUAUUCAUCCAUUUUUGUAGGAAGCUGAACUGUGUGUUGUCGGCUGUAGGUAUGAACGUUAGGGGUCAAGCUGCGUAAAUUUUCCACCUACCCCUCUCAUCGUUGUUAGAGUAUUUUCGUCAUCAUGGAAAAGGGCUUGGCACCUAUAGGAACCAAGUUCAGCAUGUCAUUCCUCGCUCCUAUAAAAAGAACAUUCUUUUUUAGUUUUGCACUGUGUAUUUGUGUCAUAAUGCAACAUGUUUUAGAAAAGCACUUGUGUACAGAUUGUCAUGUGAAAGCGUGGUGACUAGCAUUGAACGUCCAUAUAGCCUACAGUGAAGGGCUUUAAUAUUAUAAUGUAUACAUAUGUUCCUACACAUUUGUCAGAUUUAUUGUUGUGUAUUGUAAUGUUUCCUAAUCAUGAUUCCUGGCUGACUGUGCAGUCAGCAAAAAAGUGUUGAGUCUGCAGCGACAGUGUUAUUUUUUUCAGGCGUUAAGAUUUGUUUAGGCGAUCUGCCCGGCUGUAAAUGAAGCUAUUUCCUGUUUCUUCUCCGUCUUUUGUUGAGUUAUGAAAAGUAUUGUAACAUUCACUGAAAUCAUUAUGUUCACUUCCGUACAAUAUAAAGGGCAUGGUGAUCACAGAAGGGCUCAAAACCUUUACUCAGGUAAUUAUGGACCAGUUAGUGCCAGUUUAGUAAUUCACAAAACACCUUUAACCUGAGCAAACAAUCUGAGGUCAUAUGCAUUAAACAUGUCUCUGAAUGUCAUUAGCACGGAUUUAUAACAUUAUGUACAUAAAAAGGUUUUUAAAUCAGUUUUUACUCUCAUUUUAACUAUAAUAAAAAAAUACAGAUUUGUAAUAAGAUUGCAUGAACUUUUUAUACUUACAAAAUUGUGAAUGCUGCAUGCCAUCGUGUGCCAAGGCUUCUUAUAAAUGUAGAUAUUUUUUUCUACGCUUGUUUGUAAUAUCCCUGUAUAUUCUUGUGUACAUAAUUUUGGAUAUGUUUUUAAAUCACACCUUUCAUUGGAGUAUAUUGGUAACACUUCUGUGGUCUCUUACUUGUUGUAUGUAUUAAAUAUAAAUGUUUACUGAUGUUUUG